AUGGCGUUGUUGUUUCAGUCCUUGCCCGACGAUAUAUUAUUGCAAGUUGCAAAAUAUAAUAGAGCACAUGAGGUAUGGGAAGCCAUACGAGUUCGCUUCUUGGGAGCAGACCGUGUUCAGAAAGCACGUCUGCAUGUGCUUCGUUCAGAGUUAGAAAAUUUGAAGAUGAAGGACAACGAGUUAAUCGAUGAAUUCGCCGGAAGAAUUAGCGCCAUUGAAGGAAGAUUCAACAACCUUGUUUCCGUCAUAGAACCCGAAACUUUGGUUCGUAAAUUGUUCAAUUCGCUGCCAAUAAGGUUCCUUCCAAUCAUCGCCUCCAUUGAGCAGUCGGAGGAUUUGGAAACGAUGCCGUUUGAGGAAGCAAUCGGGAGGUUAAAGGCGUUUGAAGAUAGAGUGCGUCUUUAUGCCGGGAACGAAGGAGAGACCUAUGGAAGGUUGCUUUUCUCUAAGUCCGAAAACCAACCGAGACAGAGCCGUUUUGAGAAUAAGAAAUCCCAAGGUAGAGGUCGAUACGGUAACGGGUCAGAUACUCGCGGACGCGGUCGAGGCCGAGGCCGUGGGAAUGGUAGAGGUCAAGGGCGUGGUAAUUCAUCCAACGGUAAUCGAAACUACAACAAUCAGGGACGAGAUAAGAGUACCGUUCGUUGCUACAAUUGCAACGAACUCGGACACUUUGCAUGGGAGUGUCCAUAA